CAUCGAUCUGUUUACUAACUCUCCCGUGUUUCAGCCUUCCUCCAUAAUUUGCUUUCUAGGUAUUCUCCUCUCGUCUCGACCCACUAAUGCGCAAUGAUAGCGUGAAAAUCCGAACACGCGCUUCGAUCUACGACUUCCUUGCAUUGACUGGGUUGACAAGAGUGUCAACCAUUUUGGAUGCUUAUUCAAUCGUCAUUACCCAUCUCAGAGCGACCACGAACAUUUCAGUAGAAGCCAGAGAACCAAACCCAGCAGGAAUAUGCCCGGUUUUGGCAUAUCCCCGGAGGCCGCAUCUGAAGACGAUAACCCCACGAGCAACGAGAGACCCGUCCGAUUUGGUCAACCAUCCUCUACUGUCGCCGAAGAUCCCCUCUCCCGAAAAAGCAGGAUUCCCAGAAGCAUGUCUCAAGAAGCCCAAAUCUCCUCUCAUACUACAUCCUCUCGACUGGAACCUGGUUCAACGUCUGGUGACCAGCCUCCCCAACACACUGGAUCCCAGAAGUCCCCGGCACACCCACCGACUGCCCCCUUAUAUUUACCGCUGGAUGCACGCUCGACGGAAAGCUCGCAACGUCCGAGCAUAGACAAAAGGUCGAAGACGGAACUAUCUGGUCGCAUUGGCGGGGUGCGAGCACGACAACCUAGCUUUCCCAGCGUCCAAAGGAGAGCUGAUACUGGUUUGCAUUCCGCUCAAGGCGUGUCAGGCGAUAUUCCGCAGGGGUUCAACGGCCACUCAAGCUCUUCUUCGUCGAGCUCUUCCGAGGACGAAGAGAGCGAUUAUGAACAACGUACCGACUCCGAAGCACAUCGCUCCCGUACCGGGGAGGCAGCCAGACGGCAGGGGAAGGAGCCGGAUAAAGACCGUACGGACAAAUUCAGUCGCUUCAUGGUCGGCAAUGAGAACUAUAGGACUAAGGGAAAGGUCAAGAAGGAUGGUCGCUUGGCGAUUACCCUGAAGGAGACCCAGAACAAGGGAUACCUUGCAAAGGCGUUAGGCCAGUUCGUCAGAAAGAAAGCUGAUCAGCAGGAGAGCAAGGAGAAGGAUGAGGAGGAAGCCAUUGCGACCCGUACGUCUUCCAGAUCGACGUUCGCUUCACUCGACAUACAAAAGCCUAGGCUGAAUAUUUGUAUGAUGGUCAUCGGAUCUCGCGGGGACGCGCAACCCUUCAUUAGGAUCGGUAAAGUUCUCAAAGAGCGAUACGGUCACAGGGUUCGCAUUGCAACGCAUCCGGCGUUUCGCGAGUUCAUCGAGGUGGAGGCGGGACUUGAGUUCUUUUCGGUCGGUGGCGAUCCUUCCGAGCUCAUGGCUUUCAUGGUCAAGAACCCCGGCAUGAUUCCUACCCUUGACGCUGUCAGGGCUGGCGACGUUGGCCGGCGUCGGGCCGCUAUGGCCGAGAUGUUCGAUGGUUUCUGGAGAGCCUGCAUCGAAGCUACUGAUGACCCGAACGAUAUACAGAACCUCAAGCUGAUGGGAGAAAAGGAGCCCUUCGUCGCCGAUGCCAUCAUUGCGAAUCCUCCAAGCUUCGCUCAUAUGCACUGUGCCGAGGCCCUGGGCAUCCCCAUGCAUCUGAUGUUCACCUUCCCCUACACCCCGACACAGGCCUUUCCACACCCGUUGGCUGCCAUUAAGAAGUCGAACGUCGAUCAGGGAUAUACCAACUUCAUCUCCUACCCGUUGGUUGAGAUGAUGAUUUGGCAAGGCUUGGGGGAUCUGAUCAACGAGUUCCGAGUCCAAAAGCUCAAACUCGACCCGGUCUCUACGCUCUGGGCCCCUGGACAGGCAUACAGACUGCACAUCCCCAUCACGUAUCUCUGGAGCCCCGGGCUGGUACCAAAGCCUCAGGACUGGGGUGACCAAAUCGACAUCUCGGGCUUCGUCUUCCUAGAUAUGGCGUCUUCGUACACGCCCUCCAACGAACUGGAGGAGUUCCUAGCCGCCGGUGAGGCACCGGUGUAUAUCGGCUUUGGGUCGAUCGUCGUCGAUGACCCCGACCGCUUCACGCAGAUGAUCUUCGACGCCGUCAAGAUAGCUGGAGUGCGCGCUUUGCUUUCCAAAGGGUGGGGUGGACUUGGUGGGGAAGAAGGACAGGAAAACGUCUACAUGCUGGACGACACGCCGCAUGACUGGUUGUUCCCGAAGGUUCGGGCCUGCGUGAUCCACGGAGGAGCUGGGACUACGGCCAUGGCCAUAAAAUGUGGCAAGCCGACCAUGGUCGUCCCCUUCUUUGGCGAUCAGUACUUUUGGGGCAGCAUGCUUGGAAGAUCGGGCACCGGACCCGAGCCGGUGCCUCACAAGCAUCUUACCGCGGAGAAGCUGGCCGAAGGAAUCAAAUACUGCCUCACGGACGAAGCGCAGAAGAAGGCGGCUGCCAUUGCGCGCAAUAUUGAACUGGAAGGCGACGGGGCUCUGAACGCGGUGCGAUCAUUCCACAAACAUAUGAACCUGAGCGGAGCUCGGUCGAUGCGCUGCUCCCUCCUGAGCGAUCGCAUUGCGGCGUGGCGGCUCAAGGAUGGCACUGUCAAGCUCAGCCCCAUGGCCGCCGACCUGCUCGUUGAAAAGGGCCUCCUUUCUUGGAGGAAACUACGGCUGCUGCGACACAUGGAGUGGAAUGAUUUCGAAGGCCCAGGCGAACCGGUUACUGGGGUGGCAAGUUCUCUCGUCAAUACGGUCGGGAACGUGUUUGGGGGGGUGGGUAGCGUGCCGUACAAAAUGGCCAAGACGACUCAAAAGAGGAAGGAAAGGAAAGAGAGGAGGGAGAGGAGGAGACGAGCAAAGGAGCUUCGACGGCGACAAAAGAAUCAAAACAACGGCGCUCCGGCUUCGACUGGCCAGGCGACCAACGGGGAUUUGAGCCGGGAUGUUGACGCAAAAGACGCACUCCGGGAGAAGUCUCAGAAAGCGGGUGGACAAGGCGAAACUGCGGCCAGCACAGAACAGCAGCAGCAGCAGCAGUCAAACGGAACGGCCGAAUCGAAUGGGCAGCCCAAACGUCCACUUGCCCGCAGAGCAGCCGGUACCGGCACAAUGUCAUCCAUCGAGACGAGCUCUACCGUCGAUGCCAAUCCCGUCGAAGACUACGCCGAAGACGUCGGUAGAGGUAUCGGGAAGUCGGCCGAGGCUUUUGCCAAGGCCCCUGUCGACCUCUCUCUGGCUCUCGCACAAGGGUUCCACAACGCGCCUAGACUGUACGGCGAUGACACGGUCCGGCGUCCUCCGCGGGUGACGGGAAUGCGGUCAGGUCUGAAGGCGGCGGGAUUCGAGUUCGUCUUUGGCAUCUAUGACGGCACGACCGGUGUUGUUCGGCUACCGAUUCGCGAGGCCAAGAAAGAAGGCUUCGUCGGGUUUGUCAAGGGUACCGGCAUGGGUCUCACGGGAUUCGUGCUCAAGUUCCUCUCGGCUCUGAUGGGCCCGGUGGGAUACACGCUCAAGGGGGUGGUGAAGCAAGCGGAAAAACAGAAACAGCCCGACCGCCUGGUCCGGCGAGCGCGCAUAUCGCAAGGCCAGCGGGAAGCGGGGCAGCUGGGGCCGGCGCAGCGCAAGGAGGUGGAGUCACAAGUUGCGGACGGAUGGCGGACGAUGCAUGACCUGCGGGAAGCACUCGCGGUGUCGGGGAGGCAAAAGGGCCUCCGCGGGCGACUCCGGAUACAUAAGAACAAAACGCGAACUCUAGACGUGUUCGAGAGCGUCGAGGCUGCACAACAAGCGAUGGCUGCCAUCAGGGCGGGAGAGGAUAUUAGCACCGUCGUCGAUGGGAGGGCGACGUAGGGAGACGAACGAGAAGAAGAGCAUAAGAAGCGAGCCGAUAUACCCUUGCCGAAACGGACGUCGAGGACUCGAAGGAUACGACAUCAAGGCGAAGAGAGUUAGACUUGGCAAGUCAAAGAAAAGGAGGACACGCAUGCCCGGCAAACCCGAGGCUACUAAUUAUUGACGGAAUGACUGGCUUAUUGGGCGCGGGACGUCGGGAUAGGCCAAGGUAUGCAAGCGUGGAGUUGGACAACGCAAUGCUGAUUUUGUUUUGUAACGAGCAGAGAAGCGGCACGAGUUGUUCAUGCGUGGUGUGGUGGUGGUGUAUGCAAACCCCUAGCCCCUAUUUUUAAUGUGUUAUAUCUCUCGCUUUUUUUCCCGCGGGCUGGGGGGCUCUCCGAUCUGGGUCUCGGCGAGCCAUGGUUGUAUUCGAUGUCU